UAACGCGUCGUGAACCCCGGGUCCUGCAUGUUUUUUCCGUCCACUUGUAAGUGUGGCGACCCGGGAAUCGGUUUUCCCUCUAGACGGGAUUAAUCCCACCGCAAGUGUCAGAGCCGGGAAGCGGGCGAGACUCCUCCCCCUCGCCUGUCGCUGCUCAAAACCAGCCUGCGCUCCGGCCAGCCGUCAUUGCGAUCGUACUGAGACAGCAGCGGCAUCAGACAAGCGCCGCGGAGACACAGACACAGCCAGGGCGGUGCCAGAGCACUACAUAACUGUACAGGAGAUAAGGUGGUGGGACGGUGCAGCCAUGCUUCGCCCUGCCGUUCGCCUCUCCCUGUUGGCUCUCCUUCUGCUCCUGGGCCUGCACUGCGACCCCGCCUGGGGCAAAGGUCGUGGGGGGGGCUCCCGGGGAGGGGGGUCAAAAUCCAGCGGCAGCAAGGGCUCGAGCUGGAACUUCGGCAAGAGCAAGACGGGCCAGACGGGCAGCACGGGGCAGACGCGCAACACGGGCACCGCCGCCGGGAAGCCCAAUCCUGGGAGCUACCCCAAGCAACAGUACCCGGCGGGGGGCUAUCCUCAGCAGUAUCCCAACCAGAACCCUGGGGGAGCUGGGGCAAAUCCUGGCGGCUAUCCAAACCAGUACCCCGCUGGGGGGUAUCCCAACCAGAACCCAGGGAGGGCUGGGGCAAAUCCUGGAGGCUAUCCAAACCAGUACCCUGCUGGGGGGUAUCCCAAUCAGUAUCCCAACCAGAACCCAGGGAGGGCUGGGGCAAAUCCUGGUGGCUAUCCAAACCAAUACCCCGCUGGGGGGUAUCCGAAUCAGUACCCCGGGGGAUACCCCAAUCAGUAUCCGGCCAGAGGAGGGGUAAAUCCGGGAGGCUAUCCAAAUCAGUACCCAGCGGCCGGGGGAUAUCCCCACGCCUAUCCAGGGGGAGCAGGGUAUCCGGGGGGUGGUCAGGGAUGGGGGCAGCCAGCAGGGUACCCCAACUGGAACCCGAAUAAUAAAUUCCCGAGCCCAAGGUUUGGGGGAUACGGGCACGGGGCAGGAGGCUACGGGGCCGGCGGCUCCCCCUUCUCCAGGACCGCGCAGGACAUGGGCUACGGCCCGUCGCACAAGUCCAAGGGCUUCGGGAAGAAGGCGGCGAUGGCGGCGGGUGUGGGCGCGGUGGCGGGCAUGGCGGUAGGCUACGGCUUGGGCCGCUUCCCCCGGCCCAACUUCAACUUCCACAGCCCGGAGGAGGCGCACUACUACAACCACUACAUGUGGCGGCGCUACGGCUCGCGCUCCACCGACGAAAACGACUACGGCCGCGACUACCAGUACAACCCACCGCCACAGGGCUACGACAGCUUCAUGGACAACUGCAUAAAGAGGCCCGACCUCCUGCCACAGCCCGAGGCCACUCCCCCGCCGGCGAGUGACGGCCCCGCCCCCGGACACACCCCUGGCAACGCCCCCGGCAACCCCGGGGCCGAGCCCAACGGCACGCUGCCCAGCCAGGUGAAUAACAGCACCGCCAACGGCACCCAGGCUGUGUCCGAUGCCGGUUUGGCGAUGCCCUCACCACAGGGCACAGGGCCUGACGGGGAGGGGCCAGGCAUCCCGAGCCCCAGCCUGGGAGAGCAGGAGCAGGACGACAACGACACCGUGAGCAUCAUGGAGAUAGGCUACCCGGAGCUGAUCGAGCAGCUGAAGGUCCGCCGCUGCGUGGAGAUGUACAUCACCUACUCCGACAGCUACCUGCAGAAGCAGACAGACACCCGCGGCGCGCCCAACCCCAAGGGGGCGGGGACUCAACAGCUCCCCCUCUGUCAGGGGCUGGUACUGCUGGUCACAACCUCUCUCACGCUACUGACUAGCACCCUACUGCUGCAGUGAUCCUGAAACGGAAAGAAGAGUAAAACCAACCCCCCCCCCGACUAGGGGACCAUACAGACUUCUCAGAGGGUGUGGAGCAGGGAGAGCAGCAGCGAUGUAGAGAAGUUGCCCUAGCUAGCAUAAAAAAACCAACCCCUUUAGUUGGGAUGUGGUUCUCACAGCUCCAGGCUUUUCAAGCCUUUUUAGCCUCCCUGCAUUCUUAUUGUUCUAUAACCGAACUGGUGCAUUCGUGCACGGGCUCCUCGUCUUCACCCCGAGAGGACAAGGGCAGCCCCUGCCCCUGAAACUACCGACAAAGCACCUUGUUUAUGAAGCCUGCACUGUACGUGUCUGUGCAUGAAUCCUAAAACAGCUACAGCAUACACACUGCCCUGCAAAGUCUUAGACCUUCUGCGUGCUCGCUCAGAGACAUCCCAGCCAUUUCAUUUCAAGCUCACAGCGAGUCCUGAGAGAGCUGCCUCUUAGCCUGUCAGCUCUCCGGAGGUGUGGAGAGGAAUGAACCGUGUCAACGAGGGACACUUGACAGCGGGCCGAUUAGAUUGCUUGAUGAACUUGAUGGAUGAGCUGCUAGAGUCCUUCAUAUCGGCUGCUCAUGUAUCGUGUACCUUGCGUGGCUUUAUAACGAUUCAGAUCAAUGUUAAUUAGUGAUCCCCCUUGCUAAGCAGGCUAAACACAAGGAGAUAUUGUUGCCGUGUAGUGCAGCAGAAGCCUCAAUGGAGAGUGAGUAAAUCGCAGAUGCUCAUAUUUUGCUUAUUUGUAAACCUACUGUAGAGAAUCCUGAAUGUGCUUUGUUGUCUAAGACUUCUGCGAAGCAGCAUACUGGCUGUAGAAGAAGUACAAAAUUGAUGUUAACCUGGUCUUAAAACCAGUUUGUACUGUUA